UUCUCAUGCCUAAACAUAGAUUUUAUGAAUUUUAGAGAGCCAAAAACGAAUUAAAUGGCUUUAGAAACUGUUGUUUUCCAACAAGACCCUUUUAGCUAUAACAACAAAGAUUUGUACAACUUUGGAAUAUUUGAUGAGUAUGGCUUAGGCAUUGAGAAAACAACUAUUGAACAAAGUUGCAACAUAGGAUAUUGGGAUUCUCAAUAUUCCUCACCUGAACUUUGCUCCGGCAAUGGAUUCUUGCCGCAGGAAUACACUCCAGUGACCACGACACGCCAAUCCAAGAGAAUGAAACGCAACACAUGCUGUAAGAAUAAGGAAGAAAUAGAGAAUCAAAGGAUGAGUCACAUUGCCGUUGAAAGAAAUCGUCGCCGGCAAAUGAAGGAUUACCUCACCGUACUCCGGUCAUUGAUGCCACCUUCUUAUGCUCAAAGGGGAGACCAAGCAUCAAUUGUUGGAGGUGCAAUUAACUUUGUGAAAGAACUUGAACAACUCCUCCAAUUUUUGGAAGCUCAUACUAAUAAGCAAGUGAAACACCAACCACCAAAUUCAUGUCAUCCAUUAUUCUCUAGCUUCUUUACCUUUCCUCAAUAUUCAACCGGACACCACCACAGCCACGGCUACCCGAAGGCUGCCCCAAACGGGGCAGCAGAUGGCGGGUCGGGUGUGGCGGAUAUUGAGGUGACAAUGGCAGAAAGUCAUGCAAAUAUAAAGGUGUUAUCAAGAAAACAGCCAAAACAACUAUUGAAGAUUGUUACUUGGCUUCAUGCUAUGUUUCUUACCGUGCUUCACCUUAAUGUCACCACAGUGGAUCAUAUGGUACUAUACUCUUUCAGUGCCAAGGUUGAAGAUAAUUGUGAGUUGAAUACUGCUGAUGACAUAGCAGCUGCUAUAUAUAUGCAUGAAAUGGUGGCCAUGAUACAGGAGGAGGCCAUAUAUGUCUAAUUGAGAAGACUUCUCUCUUCUUGCACACACCCCCACCACCCCCCCCCACCCCCCC